AUGAAUGUAAACGACAACAUGAGCGGAGGUGAUGCGAGAAAUGGUAUGGCACGUCUUGGCACUAUUCCAAACACCCUCUUCACUCGUCCGCCUAAUAACUUUAAUAAAACUGGGGAUUCGGGUAGACCUACUCAAUUGGUGGCAAACUUUGUCACGAUUGAGCAGUGUCCGGAAUUGGUCGUUUGGCAAUAUCAUGUGGAUUUCAAGCCGGAUAUCGACUCGAAAAACUUUCGUCAUGCUAUUCUCAAACAAAAAAGCAUUCAAGAUGAGAUUGGGAACGCAUUCAUUUUUGACGGGAUGAUUCUGUAUAUUGUGAGUAGCAUCAAUUAUGAGGUGAGCCACUGUCAGAAGAUUCAUCGCCAAACCCUCUCUUCAAAAAUUAGGAUCAAAUUCUUACUUAUUUUGUGUGACAGUUAUUCCAACAAGCUUUUUAACACAAAUGGACUGUAG